UUGUAAGAUUAAGUUCUUCGGGAGAAGUCAACGUUAGAGAAAAAGAAGAGAUGGAGAAUACUUUGUCGCCGUUGUUGUCACCGUCGCCGGCAAGUGAAGUCGCUGCGAGAGUAUCGUCUUUGUUCGUUUAUCCGAUCAAAUCAUGUCGAGGAAUUUCUCUGUCUCAGGCAGCUCUCACUCCCACCGGAUUUCGAUGGGAUCGAAACUGGUUGAUUGUGAAUUCUAAAGGAAGAGGAUUGACUCAGAGAGUGGAACCAAAGCUUUCUUUGAUUGAAGUAGAAAUGCCUAAGCAUGCGUUUGGAGAGGACUGGGAGCCUGAGAAGAGCUCUAACAUGGUGGUUAGAGCUCCUGGUAUGGAUGCCCUUAAGGUCUCCCUAGCUAAACCCGACAAAAUAGCAGACGGUGUCUCAGUUUGGGAGUGGUCUGGCUCCGCACUAGAUGAAGGAGAAGAAGCAUCUCAGUGGUUUACAAACUUUGUUGGGAAGCCUUGUCGACUUGUUCGUUUUAAUUCAGCCUAUGAGACUAGGCCUGUGGAUCCAAAUUAUGCUCCAGGUCACAUUGCGAUGUUCUCGGAUAUGUAUCCAUUCUUGCUUAUAUCACAGGGUUCGCUUGAUUCCCUGAAUAAGCUUCUCAAGGAGCCUGUACCGAUCAACCGAUUUAGACCCAACAUCUUUGUUGAUGGAUGUGAACCAUUUGCUGAAGACUUAUGGACAGAGAUCCUUAUAAACGGUUUCACCUUUCACGGUGUGAAAUUAUGCUCUCGCUGCAAGGUACCUACGAUUAGUCAAGAAACUGGUAUUGGAGGUCAAGAGCCAAUUGAGACUUUGAGGACUUUCAGGUCAGACAAAGUUUUACAGCCAAAGAGUAAACCACACGGAAAGAUAUACUUUGGGCAGAACAUGGUUUGGAAAGACGGAUUCGGCGAUGGAAUUGGAAAAACAAUUGAAAUUGGUGAUUCCGUUGUUGUCCUUCGAAAACUCUCAUCUCCUGCUGAAGCAGCAACUUGAAAGAGACUUGCAGCUUGUUAUAUAUAUAAUUGUGAAUCUUCCACAAGAACUGUGACCACUUUUACCAGAACACCCCAAAUCCACGUUUGACCCCCAAUUGAAGCAACCACAUCAAAUAUAUUGAUUUUAAAUCUGAAAAGACAUACGAUUUAAAAAUAUGAAAGCUUGAUUAAUCAAAAAAGUCUAUGAAGGACAUAUGAUUCAGCUAUCCACAGACCUCUCCCUAACUGUCUUCUUCAUGAUAUUCAUAUUCAUCUCCAUAGCCAUCUUCAUAACCAUUUCAUCUCCAUAGCCAUCUCCAUCUGCAUAUCAAUCUUCAUAUUCACCUCUAUCUCCAUAGCCAUCUUCAUCUUCAUCUCCAAUGUGAUGCUCGAUAUGAGAGUGAACCCUAACUCUGCAAUCGGUCUCAAAAGCUUCACCGUUAG